ACGUACGCGGUAUAGAUCUUCCAAGAGAUCGAACUCGUCUCAAUUGUCUGCCAGUCAAGUUCCCGGGGUAUCAAUCAUAAGACCGCUCAAAGGUGUAGACUGUAAUCUGUUGGAGAACCUUGCGUCUUCAUUCAGACAAGAUUACCCCAAAUUUGAGAUCAUUUUUUCCGUUGCAAACGAAAAUGAUCCUGCAGUGAAGGUGGUGGAAAAAUUGAUAACAAAAUUUCCCAAUGUAGAUGUCAGCUUAAUCAAAGCAUACGAAUCUGUGAAAUAUGACAUUAUCUGGAUUUUAGAUUCAAAUGUUUAUGUAGACCCCGGGUGUCUCGGAAAAUCGGUGGAUAAGCUGACUCAACCUGGAGUCGGUCUUGUUCAUCAUCUUCCUUUUGCUGUCAAACCGGAAACUUUUGGUUCCGAGUUGGAAAUGAUGUUCAUGGACACAGUUCACGCCAAAAUGUACUUGGCUAUCAAUGCCAUUGGUCCGGAUAGUUGUGUGGUGGGCAAAUCAAACCUGUAUCGUAAAGGCGACCUCGAAAGUGUCGGAGGUAUGGAACAAUUCGGUAAAUAUAUGGCGGAGGAUAAUCUCAUCGCCAGAGCUCUGUGGAGGAAAGGGCUCAAACAUGAGAUGACCAGUGAUUUGGCUUACCAGCCACUUGGUUCCAUGGCAACUGCGGACUACUUCUUUCGUCGAUCACGUUGGACUCGAAUUCGAAAGUAUACGGUCACCGCUGCCACGGUCAUCGAACCUUUCACCGAAUCGAUAGUGUGCGGUCUGUGCGCAUCUUAUGGGUUCAAUAUGCUGUGGAACAUUCAUCCGCUUAACUUUUUGGCCUUCCACCUUAUUCUUUGGUUUUGGAUAGAUCUAAAAUUAUUCCAAACUCUAAGCAAAAAUACACUUAGCAUAGAAAGUCUACGUGGUUUCAUAAUGGCUUGGGCUGUGCGUGAAAUUACUGCGCUACCGUUAUACAUUUAUUCGGUGCUUGGAAAUAACGUUGAUUGGCGUGACGAUACUUUUCGUUUGAUGCGGGACUCAACGGUGGAAAGGAUACCCUCUUCGCAACAACAGCAACAUCGUUCUCCCGGUAGCCUUUCUUUACCUUCCUUGGCUCGCAAUAUUACUGCAAUAGCAAAUUAUAACACAGUUCAUUCAACAUCCAACAUUAAAAGGACCGCAUUCUACCAACAACAAUUAGUCGUCUCCAUCCUUACCUCCAUAAUAUUAGUAAUUGAUAUAAUAAUGGAUAUCCUAUUUUCCAGUAACCGCAACGGGAAUCCCGUUGAGAGUUCGGAAGUCGAUGAACUGAAAGACUCCGAAAAAGAAAAAAUGAAAAGACGUAAGAGUGAUCGAGACAUGGAUAUGGUGGAUAUCGAUGAGGUACAUAUUAGUAAUCAAGAUGAUCCAAUUGUUCAAGCUGCUAGUCAAUGCUUGAGGAAUACUUUAAGAACAACGAGCUAUUGUUAUGGGGAACUUUAUCAUGAAGAGGUGGAAGAUUCGGAUACAAGAAAUAAAUUGGGUUCAUCUAAUGAAGAGGCUUUGUCGUUAGUGUCGAGGCGUAAAUCAAUAUCGUCAAGUCCCCCUUCAGCCGACGAUCAGGAGGUUUUCAUUGGUAUAAGGCGUCCUUCGAUUCUAAAUGAGAUAUACAGAAGUGUAUCCAUAGGUCUCUCGAUGCACCUGCAAAACGAGAAGAACAUUAUCGAAGGACAAAAGCGCAGGCGUCGGCAAAGUAUCUCGGUCAGCAAUUCUAAUAGCAUGUCGACGCCAUUUGGACCUCAAGAGAGAUCAAGAAAAAGUGGCAGAAGUAUGUCAUUGGAUAAUAUAUGA